AUGCCUUCUUGGUCGUACGACUUGACCGAACAAGGGUUGCGCAAGUACCUCGGCGAGAAGCCGGAGUAUCGAGUCAUACCCAAGCGGCUGAAGCACCUCGAGGUGUUCUGCACGGAAUUGGAGAAGCGCUUGCAAUACGCACCGAAGAAUCAGCCUCUAGCACAGCCGCUGAUGGAGGUCGGCUACUCAAAAGACUCCGAGAAGCGUCUGUUCGAUCAUUCGAACCAUACGUCGUCGAAAUGGCUCACGAACCUACGCACUCCAUUCUCCAUCUUCUUUAGGUUUCUCCACGUAUCGUGCGGGCCGCAGUGUGAGGAGCGCAUACAAAUCACGCCGGAUGACUGGGAAGACUUCCUCAAACACACACUGGACCAUAGCGCUCCGGAGAGGAACUACGAUGCAUAUUCUGCCAGGCGCCAUGCGGAAGCGGGACAGGUCCGGCGUCUGGAGGAGACCCACUGCAGAAUCGUGUUGAUGGAGCGAUACUGGGCGGUCCAGGCCUGUCUACACAGGGUUGAGGAGAAGGAUGCUAUCCUGGACGCAGCCGACGCGGCGAGGGCGAAUAUUAUCCUCGACUGCGGCAAGGUCCUUAGGGCCGCCGCAAAGCGCAUCAUCAGAACUGUGGGCGCUGAGCUACUGAUUGAGGACGCGGAGUUGCUCCUGGAGGGAUAUCGCGCGUUGGAGGAAGGCCGGUGGGAAGAGUAUGCGAAGAAGACAGAAGCUCAGUGGGCAGAGAUCCAGCGCCUGAUCGACGACCACUGGGCGGAAUGCCUGCAGAAGGAAGAACAGGCGAAGGCAAAGGCUCAAUCGGAGACUCGCGCAGGGGCAAGCGGUUCGCGGACAUCGGAAGAGGGCCUGCAGCUCGAAGCCCAGGACUCGGCAGCCCAGCAUAUGGAAGGUCAGCCGGAGGUCCAGCCGGAGGUCCAGCCGGAGGUCCAGCAGGAAGUCUCAAGGACAAUGGAUGAUGAUUGA